CGCCGAUUGCAAUUGCAUCUGUCAGGGAUCUGUCGGCUUAUCCAUCGGUAUAAGCUGGUCCUGCUCGUUAUGUUUGUACUGCUUUUAAUGUACCUGAGUCCACGACCGGUACCGGAUGUCCACGACCGAAAAGCUGAAUUGAGCGGUUGGGAACGAGAGAAGCCGCUGAAAAUCGGCGACUAUCUGGACCAAGGGAAAAAUACAGCUCUCAUUGUGCCUCGGGAUUUUUGCAAGAGCAAAGCAUUGCUGGUUAUAGCUGUUUGCUCAGGUCUGGACCACUUUGAGCAGCGAAGUGCUAUCCGCCAAACAUGGGGAAAUACCAAAUCAUUUAACUAUGGAGAAUUUGUGAGACUACAUGGGCACCUCGAAGGGAAGUACCUGAGCGUAAUGCCAGGUCGCCUGAAGCUGUACUCAAUGUAUCUCAGUGGAUUGGAUGACUCUCUGACUGCCAAGAUACGUAUCGUAUUCAUCUUGGGACGAUCCAAGAAUGAUUCGAAGCGGGAACUUGAUAAGCUAUUCAGGGAGUCGAUCCAGCAUAACGACAUCAUCCAGGAGAACUUCGUAGACAGUUACCACAACCUGACCCUGAAGUCGGUGAUGGCCCUGAAGCACAUCAGCCAGAGUUGCGCAGACAGGGCCGCCUUCUUCCUCAAGUGUGAUGACGACACCUUUGUAAAUGUGCCAAAUCUACUCCAUUUUCUGCUGGGCGGUACAAUACCGCUGUACAAGGAUACGGUGGGCUAUCACUCGCGCACUACCUACAAGGUGAAAUCGCCAUGGAAUCGCUUAAACGGCAGCAGAGGUCUGAUGUACGGUCACAAGUUUUGCAACAUGAAGACCGUCGACGACGUGAAGAGCCCUUGGUACAUGCCGUAUUAUAUGUUCAAGGGCGCCAAGUACCCGAAAUACCUAUCCGGUACCGGCUAUCUGAUGUCCAUCGAUGUGGUUAAGCGGUUGUACGCGGAAGCCCUAACCACAUCUCUCGUCCAUCUGGAAGAUGUCUUCGUCACUGGCAUCUGUGCGAAGAAAGCUGGAAUCCGGCGACGUCAUCAACCACUUUUUAACUAUGUUCACGGGAAGCCACUUUGCAUCUUUAAGGGAACCAUUACAAUGCAUCCUGUACCUUUGCACAGUAUGCUGGACGCCUGGGCUUUCGUUUCCAACUAUAGCAUUAAAUGUCUGCCGCCAAGGAAGCAUUUUGUCAAAACAGAAUUAUCAAAGAAAUCACACUGUUAAGAUUUUCAUUACACAGCUUUAAUGCUAAAUCUUAAGAAUUUUCCCUCGUCAUGGGAUAAGCUUAGAACUACACAUUUAUAUUAAUUUUAAUCAAUAGCUUAAGUACUAUUUCAUAUUCAAACGGUAUAUUUCCACACAAUUCGGUUUUGCUCAUUAGAAAUGAACAUUAAAGAAGUCGGAAAAUGUUUUUUU